ACGAAAAACUCAAAAAAUGUCCUGUUUGAACAUCAAUAUCGGAAUUUUGGGACAUGUUGACUCAGGAAAGACCACUUUAGCGAAAAAUUUGAGCGAAAUCGGGAGCACAGCAGCAUUUGACAAGUCGCGACAGAGUCAGGAACGCGGAAUUACCCUCGAUUUGGGAUUCAGUGCCUUACGAACUUCACUUCCUCCGCAUUUUAACACCGAAAAUUCGCAGGAUUUGCAGCUAACUUUCGUCGAUUGUCCCGGACAUGCCUCGUUAUUGAAGACAAUCAUCGGCGGCGCUCAAAUAAUUGACUUUAUCAUUUUAGUGGUUGAUGUCACGAAGGGAAUUCAAACGCAAACCGCCGAAUGUCUCGUCAUCGGAGAGAUAACGUGUCCCGGAAAGCUGUUAAUUGCCUUAAAUAAAAUAGAUUUGCUCGAAGAUGGACCGAAAAGACCCUUGUUGAUCGAAAAAAUGACGAAAAAACUCAAAAUUGUAUUGAGCACAACGAGUUUCAAGGAAGCAAAAAUCGUUCCGGUGUCCGCGACGAGCGAAAAUAAGCUAACUGAUUUUUUAGAAGUGCUUAAAAAUGAAAUUUCGAUGCCAAUUCGGAGGAAUAUUGAUCUUCCCUUCCUUUUUGCAGUGGAUCACUGCUUUCAAAUAACCGGGCAAGGCACUGUUUGUACGGGAACUAUCCUCCAGGGACAGAUUUCCGUUGGAGACGAGGUGGAAAUCCCCAAAAUGGGCCUCUCGCGAAAAGUUAAGUCGAUGCAAAUGUAUCGGAAAGGUAUUCGACAUGCCAUGCAAGGCGAUCGUGUGGGAAUUUGCUUGACGCAAUUCAGUCACAGCGAUAUGGAGAGAGGGAUUUUGGCGGCGCCAGGCUUUUUGAGGCAUAUUUACGUCGUUGUACUCAAAAUCCAUCAAAUAAAAUAUUUUAAACAGACGAUAAAGGCUAAAAGUAAACUUCACAUGAGCAUCGGACACGAAACGGUCUUAGGAAAAGUCCUUUUUUACACGAAAAAUGAAGACAAUCAACUAUUGUACAAGGAAAAUUUGGAACCAGAGACACAGGAAACGAAUAUUUUUGCUAUAAUUGAGUUUGAAAAGCCAGUUUUGGUCGCAAAAGACAUGCUCGUGAUCGCCUCCAACCUCACAGAGGUGCACAAAAACUCCUGUCGUCUUGCGUUCUACGGAUUUGUGGAACAAUUGUGCGACGAUCGUGAAUAUUCUACGUCAUUCCUGCCAAAAUUUCAAAUUUUCAAGGAAAAAAUGAAAACGGGUAACAUCCAACGUGUCGUCAAUGACAACGAAAUCAUCGGCAUUAAUCUUUUCAAGAAGGAAAGUGAUCGUCAACUGUACAUUGGACUAAAAAUAGAACUCACAACCGGCGAAACGGGCGUCAUUGAAGGCACUUUCGGGCAAACCAAUAAAAUAAAAAUUCGAUUAAAUCAUCCUUUGAGCCCCGAAACACAAGAAAAGCUGGAAAAACGAGAAGAAGUCAGGAUUUUAUUAAAAUUCAAAAAGUUCAUCUUCGAAAAGACGAACAAUAAAAGGAUUCGUCAGUGA